AGUUCGGAAUUCUUGCGAGCUGGCAGCAUAGUUUUUUGCGGGCCACAGACUAUCGAGUAGCCACUGUAGCAGCCAGUGGCCAGCAGCCCAGCCCUGUGGACACUAGCAGCAGCAGCAGCAGCAGCAGUAGCAAUCGCAGCAGCAUCUCAGUGGACAGUGGACAAUUUUCAGGCAGGCUCGAGUGGCAAGCGAGUGCGUUUUUUGUGUGCGAGCGCGCGUUACGUCAAGAAUUUUGUUGCAGUCGCCAACUGCAACGCAUUUUCGUCAUACCGCAGCAGCAGUUGCAGCUGGCCCUUUGCUCUGCAUUCACAAUUAACAAGCGCGUUAAAAAAGUGCAACAACAACAACAACAAACAAGUGCAACAUAUUGUUAAACAGCUACAACAAGCAAAACAAAAAAUAAAGAAAAAAGCCAAACCAAUAAAAGUGCUCUUUGUGAAUGAAUAUUGUGAAUGCAUACUGUGACGCCAUUUUAAUUACACUCAGAAUAAUAAAAGUGCAUCUACUCGCUGUGCCUAAUUGUCCAGCAUCUUGCGCAAAAGUGAAAGUCUCAAAUCCCAUGAUGAUUGACAUAAUUUUCAGGCUCCAAAAGAAAGCUGUAAACCGAAUCUGUGAGAAGAUAAAAUAUAUAUGUUCCAUGUGCUAAUUUGACAUCUGAAACUAAGCAUCGAGUUAAACAACUAAAAUCUUAUACAGAUUAAAGUUUAAUAAAACCAACUAAAGGAAAACUAAAUUUGAAUAAAAUCCUCAUGAUAAAAAACCAAGAAAAAAGUUAUCAAAUGCAUUGCCUAAAGCAAAAAGUGUUUUAUUGGUGAAAAGUGAAAAUUGAAUAAGAAAUCGCACAGAAAUAGUAAUUUCUGAAUCGAAAAAUAGUGCUGCAAGUGCGAGAGAUAGUGUUGAACAACGCCGCAGUCGAUCGGCUAAAUGAUUAUGCAUGGUACCUGGUACAAAGGACCACAGCUGGCGCAUCAUCCACACACCGACUACCAUCAGUUCCGAUCGUAUCCAUCGUUCGUAGUGACGCCGUAUCACGAGGGUCAUGCGGCCACGCCCUGCCCACCAACGCCCUCAACGCCCUGCCACAGCAGCAGCAGCAGCAGCAGCAACCAUGGACUCGGACUUGGUCUUGGACUUGGACUUGGUGUUGGAGUUGGACUUGGCCAGAGUGCAGCAGCCGAGCCGGCGCCAAUAAUUGUCGAGGGCACAUUCGCUGCGGCCGCCGCUGCCGCCGCUGCUGCAGCUGCCGCGCAUCCCGUUGCAACAGCUGCAACAGACGCCAGAGCUGCGCCCAGUCCGGCGAUCAAGAUCGAGCAGGUGUUCGGGGAGCAGACGUCGGGGCACUCAACGCUGGUCGAGGACUAUGCCCUGGGCCUAGACUGUCCCGUGGAGCAUCAGUUUCGGAAACCCCAAAAUAACAACAACAACAGCAACAACAACAACAGCAACAACAACGGCAACGGCUACGCCUGGCCAACGGGCAACGAAGUCGUCAACAGCCACAACAACAAUCAGCACAAUUCACACGCAGCAAACGCUGCAGGACCUGGACAAGGACUCUCGCCAGCGACGCCGCCAACGCCGCCCGUGGACGCCAGCCAGGCCGGGUCCGCAAUUAAUUUGAAUCCACCCGCAACACAGACGCACACGCAGAGCCGUGCAAACUACGCCAAUUCCGUAAAGUCGCCACCGGAAACAGGCAGCGCGCAGCCAUCAACGGCUGCCGCCACCUGCAAAACACACGACAACAACAACAGCAGCAACAACAACAACAACAACCACAACAACAACAACAACAACAACGCAACUGCUGCCGCUGUGGCAGCCGCUGCAGCCGCCGCCGCCGCUGUCAACAUGCCGAUCGGCGGCGUCCAGGGCCAGAAUCCCACCCAGGGUCUGGUCCAUUGGAUGAGCGCCGUGAUGGCCGAGCACAUGACCGGACAGACGCAUCACGAUCCCAGCACUGCGGUCGGCAUGCACUACAUGUGGAAUGGCAACGUUGAUCAUGCCAAGGAUAUUAGCGAUUACAAUCUUUGGCCACCGACGCCGCGCAGCCACCAGCAUGCCAGCGAGCAUCAUCCGAUGUCGCUGAAACAAGAGUACGAGGCCAAAAUGAACGAUCACCACCAUCACAAUAAUCUGCAAAAAGGUCACUUUCUGGAUGACAAUCGUCUGGAGCACCAUGCGGCGGUCGCCGGACAAGGCAGCCUGGGACUUGGCGCUGUCAACGGUUCUGGCUCCGGGCCGGGAGGCGGCAACUCCAGCCUGGCUGGCGGUUCGCAUCAUGGCAAUCACGUGUCGGCGGCUGCUGCAGCCGCGGCGCAUCAUCACAACAAUGCGGUGGCAGCUGCCUCGGCGGCGGCGCUGCUCGUCGUCCCGCAGCCCAUCAAUGCCAGCAAAAUGGGCGGGCCGGGACCGGGCGGCCACGCACCGGCCGGAGGCAGUGGACGAAAGUAUCAAUGCAAAAUGUGCCCGCAGAUCUUCAGCUCGAAGGCGGACCUGCAGCUGCACACGCAGAUCCACAUGCGAGAGGCGAAGCCCUACAAGUGCACGCAGUGCUCGAAGGCAUUCGCCAACUCGUCGUAUCUGUCGCAGCAUACCCGCAUUCAUCUGGGCAUUAAGCCAUACCGCUGCGAGAUAUGCCAGCGCAAGUUCACGCAACUGUCGCACCUGCAGCAGCACAUACGCACCCACACGGGCGACAAGCCGUACAAGUGCCGGCAUCCCGGCUGCCAGAAGGCCUUCUCCCAGCUGUCGAAUCUGCAGUCGCACUCGCGCUGCCAUCAGACGGACAAGCCGUUCAAGUGCAACUCGUGCUACAAGUGCUUCUCGGACGAGCCAUCGCUGCUGGAGCACAUACCCAAGCACAAGGAGUCCAAGCAUCUGAAGACGCACAUCUGCCAGUACUGCGGCAAGUCCUACACCCAGGAGACAUACCUGACCAAGCACAUGCAGAAGCAUGCGGAGCGCACGGACAAGCGGCCGCCCAUUGUGCCCGGCAGUGCAGCAGCCGUGGCCGCUGCAGCCGCCGCUGCGGCCGCUGCCACACCCACUGCAGCAGGCAGCAACGCACAGCAGCAGCAACAGCAGCAGCAGCAGCAACAACAGCAGCAGCAUCAGCGCAAUAAUCUGGUUCUGCCGCCGGUUUCGAUAGCGCCCAGCGAGAACAGUUACUGGCCCAAGGUGAGUCCGGACUCUGCAGCAGCGGCCAAUGCCAUGGAGGUGAUGCACCAGCAACAGCAACAGCAGCAGCAGCAGCAACAACAGCAACAACAGCAGCAGCAACAACAGCAGCAGCAACAGCAGCAGCAGCAACAACAGCAACAGCAGCAACAACAGCCGCAUCUGCAUCACACGCAGCUCGGCGUUCCGCCGCAGCAACACGGCCCACCACAGCAGCAGCAACAACCGCAGCACCACCACCCACAGCAACAGCAGCAGCAGCCACCGCCCCAGCACAGCAUGGAGGCGCACUACGCCCAACCCACAGCGGCCAACAGCAACCAAAGCAAUGGCCAUGCGCCGGAGCAGUUGCAGUCGCACCAUCGCAUCAUGCCCGAUCCGGGGCGCGAGGAUAUAGCAGCCACGCCCAGCACCGUGGGGCCGUAUGAUGCGGCAUCUAUAACGAAGACCAGCAGCAACUCGGCCUUUACGCCGAUCAACUCGAUGCCGCCGCACUUGAAUUCGCUGAGCCACCAUCCGAUGGCGCAGCGUCCCUAUCUCUACGAUGCCAUCAGUUUUCCCAACAAGAACGUCAACCAGAACAAUGCCAAUGCGUUUCCCAACCAGCUGAUCUCGCUGCAUCAGAUCCGCAACUAUGCGCAUCAGCCGGCGGGCUUGAUGGCCGGCGAGCAUCUGCUAGGCGUAAGCGUCGGCCCCGGCAAGGACAAGGGAUAGCUAACGUCGUACUUUUAAGUUGGCCACGCCCCGUCUUCUUAAGUUACAUAACCGAUACAUGCGUAUAUAUACAUAUAUACGUAUUUAGACAUCAUAUUGUGUUGACCGCCGAUUUGUAUGCAAUACGAGCUGAGGCCCGUUUAAUUAGUUCUUAGUAGGAGUGUCGCGUAUCCUGUACAGUAUUAAUUCGUAGUUAGUCUCUCCUAGUGCGUACCGCUAAAAUUACUUAGGUUACAUCAUCACACACACAUACAGACAAACAGUAACCUAUCUUAAGUUAUCGAUAAACAAACCUGUAAAUUGCCAACUAUACGUAUUAAUUAUUCUAAUUUACCAACACCGUCCAAAUUCAUGCUUAAGCUUAAUUCGCACUUGGAGCCCCCAACUAGAUUAUGUAUUUUCCGAAUUUUCUCUCUUUACUUCACUGAAUGCACUUCUUAACAUUCUAUUAAAAUUUCAAUAUACAAUACAUUUUUAUUUGAGCAGAUCCCAAGAAUCGUUCCUUUAAUUUCUUUUAUAAUAUGACCUGGUAAGCCCAUGACAACAUUGGAAAGAAAGGAUGGUACUGCCACCCGGCUAAAAUGAAUACAUAUGGCAACACCAAUUUGACAGCUUAGCCUGCAUUUUAUCCAAAUAUCAUAUCUUACUAUCUGGUAUCCAUAUGUUGAAUGAGGAUCAGCAAUGUAUGAGGCAGAACCCAGCAUGAUUAAUAAUUGCAAUCGGUUUUUCUUAGCCUUAAUGCUACUUUUCAGCUAUUUCUAAUAAUUAUUAUUGCAAGGCCUUCGCUUUCCACCUUCCAAGUCCACAGCUCGUGUGAGACACACGUGUGGAUAUAUUAACGAUUCUUUUGUAAGAUUUAGUUUAAUCCUGUGCGCAAAACAGAUCUCGCAGUUAUAUCUAAAAAUCAAAUGGCAGCGUUGAAAUCAAAGCUAAAUGUAAUCUAAAAUCCUUAAGAGUUAUGUACAUAUGCAACUACUAAGGCUACAGCAGCUGAGACCUAACUAAUCUAUUAUGUAACGCAUUGAGUACGAAAGUUUCUCCAAGAAACUUUUCAAAAAAAAUUUUAAAUAAAAUUUAAAAAAUGAAAACAUGAGAAAAGAAAAAUACAAAGUUGAGCAUUAAAAUUUGCAUGUGUUUACAAACUACAUAUAAAGGAAACCAUGCGAUAGCCAAAAAAUAAAAAAUAAAAGUAAAAAAAUAAAAAAAAAAUAUAACUAUUUUGAACUAAGCCUAAGAACUAUGAAAUACUAACUAAAACUCGAUUUCUAAUGUUCAAAACUGCAAGAAGAAAGAAGCUGUUGAAUAAAUUUAAAAUAUUUUUGGUAAGACUGAGGUGAUCAAAAUGAAGAAGAAAAAAAAAAAAAAAAAUCGAGAGCAAAACAUUUGAAUACAAAUAAAAAUACAGAUAAUUAAAGUUUUUAAUGAAAACUAAGUAUUAACUAAGUGAACUCAACUAAAUGUGUCCUAAAAUUCAUACUAAAUGUCUGUAAUUAAUUAAUUACUAAUUAAUAUUGUAUUGCAAGGCAAAAGUUCAGCUACAAAAAAAAAAAAAACAAUUAAUUCAAGAGAAUAUAAAAAGAAAAAGAAAAAAUAAAAAAAUAGUUAGAAUGUAAUUCCGAAAAAAUCUCAAUGUAAAAAGCAGAAACUGAAUUCAACUAAUAAUGAUGAAAAAAUAGAAGCAAAUAAUAUGAGAAAAAUAAAAAAAUAAAAAAAUAAAAAUACUAUCAAUAAACAUAAGCAUAGCAAAUGAAAGCCAGGAGAAAACUUUCAUCAAUGGUUUAUUUCGUGAACAUGGAAAAUAAAAACAUGAAAUUUAGUACUUAAACCCGAAUAUAA